UAGGAGUAGGAAGUGAGGAUCUGGUCAGGAAAAAAACAAGGUUGAAAGAUUUAAAGAAUGAGGCUUUCCUUUUUGGUACCUUUCAUUUUUUGCCAUCAAUUGGUACCUUUCAUUGGAGCCACUGUUCCUUCAGAGUAUGUCUAUAGAAAUACCCUAUAUAUCGUAAGAAACCGUUGGUCAUAUUCUUAUCUCAUCACUGGAUUUUUCAACAUCAGGUCACUUGAUGCUGAAUACCCUAAUUAUCGUGAAGGGAUCGUGAUGUUGGAGGCCAUGCGUUUUGCACUCCAAAGAAUACAGCGCCUUACCGGAAUCGAAGUCGGUUACUAUAUUUUUGAUUGCAUUGAUUCGUCUCCUCCUAUGGUCUUGCCUGGAUAUCCAUUUGUGAGCGGUCUUUACUCUUGGCAAGCCAUAAGGUAUUUGCAGUAUCAACACCAGCUAGUGGCGACACCUUUGCCAUUUAUGAAUGUUGAAUCUUGGGGGACAGAAGGAAACUUCAACUUAUCUAAAUCUGCUUUUAUGGACAGUAACGAUCUCAAUUCUGGUGGCCAACAAGGAAAAAUUGCGAUAAAAAAAAUGAUUGAUAUUCUGAGAGCAAAUUUUUAUGCCACCGUCCCACCUGAGCAAAUGGAGAUAAAAGCAAUCGUUGACAUCCUAAUUAAACUGAACUUAACGUACAUUUCUGUCGUAGGUUCAAAUGAUCUAGAAACACAAAAUACGGUAGAAACCUUCGUUGAUUGGUCUUUGCAGCGAGAUGUAUGCCUGUUCAUAAAAGUUUGGAUAUCUAAAAGCCCAAGUGAGCCGGAAUGUAGAAAGAUUCUCGAUGAUUUGAGAAAAGAUAAAAGAGCAAACGUUGUCAUAUUAUUCACGAGUUAUCGAGAGACAAUGUGCCUUAUGAAAAGUGGGAUAUACGCAAGAAGAUUGACUUUUAUAUCCGGUAGCAAAUCAAGGCUGCAAACAAAAGUCAGGGAGCUGCGUUCCCUAAAUGACGUAACCAAAGGGUUGCUCAUUUUGCAACAGGCAGACACUUAUGACGAGGAAUUUGCCAGUUAUUUCAUGAGUUUGAAACUUGCAACAAAUUCUUAUACAUGGUUUAAAGAAUUCUGGAGACAUGUUUUCAAUUGUAGUUUAUCUGCUUCGUACAUAACGAGCCGGGUAUGGAAUGAUAACAUGACCGAUUCAAAGGAGUGCACUGGAAAUGAGACCCUUACUACAGACCAUAUCGACUUGAAAUAUUUUUUGGUGAAGCCAGUUUUGAAUGCAAUUGAAUCGUUGGCUUGCGCUCUUUGGAACUCUUUCAAUUGUCAAAAAACCAAUUGCCUUAGAAGGGCCUAUAUAUAUACGACACCUAUCCAGCGUGAACUUUUUAAUAACUUUAGAACGCCUAAUUGUUCGCUGAGUAAUGCUGUGAAAUUCAAUGACAAUGGUUAUUAUGAACGAAACCUUGUUAUUUUAAACUUUAAUGGAUCUCAAUACAACGAAGUAGGGUAUUGGAACUAUUCUCGUGAAUUGCGUUUAUUCGCGCUUGCAGUCAAAGAUAUUGCAUGGAAAAACGACACAAUCCCAAAAUCUUCCUGUUACCAAAGCUGCGACAAAGAUGAGAUUAAAGACCGAGGUUGCGAUAGUUCAGCUUGCUGUUACGUCUGCCGUAAGUGCAACCGUAAUUAUUUUAUAGAAAACAAUAUGUGUAUUAAAUGCCCAGACUAUCAUGUACCUACAGAUGACAGACGCAUGUGCAGAAUGCUUCCAAGACGUUUCAUGGAUAGUGAGAAUCUUUAUACCGCGGUUCUCCUGGCGGGUACUCUUGCUGGAAUCUUUCUCAACACAGCUAUUGUUGCUUUUGGAAUACGGAACAAAGAAAGCCGCGUCGUGAAAGCGGCCAGCAGAGAACUCAGUCUCAUCAUGGUCAUAUCUCUCUACCUAUGCUUUGCUUCCAGUUCUCUGUUCCUCUUGCAACCGACUAGGUUUGUUUGCGGAGCUCUCAGCUUGGCAACAAGCACCAGUUUAAAUGCAUUUUACGCACCGCUGCUGCUAAAAAUCGUGCGACUGUAUCGCAUAUUUUCACAGUCUAAGAAAUCUGUUAAGAAGCCAGCACUUGUCAGUCCUAAAUCCCAAGUGUUACUGUCUCUAUUGUUGGUGUCGGUUUUCCUUAUUUAUGACGUCAUUUUGCUGAUACUGAAGAAGCCAUCAGUGAAAUUUAAGAUGAACGCAGACACGAGUUAUGUAACUGUUGCCUGCCAAUUGAGACCAACAUUUGUUAUCUUAACUUUUCUUCCAAAUCUUAUAUUUAUGAUGGCCUGUACCUAUUACGGCUAUAAAAUUCGAAACUUUCCGUCGAAUUUCAAUGAGUCGUUCAGCAUCAGAAUUACACUGUACGUCAGCUGUUUUUUGUGGGCAAUUUUUGUUCCAUUGCUCUUUCUCUUCGAAUAUAAGCAAAGAAAUGCUUUCACAGUAACAUUUCUUGUAGCAUCUAUUUUUGUGUUGUUUGGUAUUGUUCAGUUGGUUGGAAUAUUCUUCCCAUUGGUAUGGAAAGUUAUCGUGCACAGGCAGUCAGCUAACCAGAUCACGCCAUCUUCUAGUCAGUUUAACACUGUUGUCAGGAGUGCAGUUGACACAAUCCACCAAGCCAUGAAAAACGAUAUUGUUCAAGACAAUCGUGUCUCCCAUCGAGACGUUGGCACUGAUCCAAUCGCAUUUGCAGACAUCAGCAUUGAAAACUGAUUUGUUUAGAUUUAAAUCAAUACCAUUUAUUUGAAAUUUGUAAUUUAUUUUCUUCAUGAAACGCCUUUAUCUAUUUGUUUUCAUUGUAUUUUUAUACACACAACUAACUAUUCAGCAUUGUGUGCACAAACUAAUUUAAUUACGCUGAAGAUGCUAGUUGCAAUGAUUAUCACGUUUAAAAAGUCAAGAUUGACAGAAGUGAUGAUCAAAUACUCUGAUAUAUCAAACUUUUGCAAGCAUAAAUCCUCUUUCCGUCAAUCCACAAAAGAACGAGCCCAACACAAAAGCACAAACGCUUGUUUUAUUUAUUGCAAAUAUGCAGAAAUUUCACUACUCCUUUUGGUAUCAUUUCAGUAUAAAAUUAGAGCUUCAUGAUAGAACACAGUGUAGGACUAAGUGUACACAAUAUCAAAGUAUACAUUAUAAUAGUGCAGAGUAUCGUAAUGUAAUAAAUACAGUAUCAUAAUAAACAGUAUCACAGUAUACAGUACCAUAGUGAACAAUAUCAUAAUGUAUACAGUAUCAAAAUGAACAUGGUAUAAUCAUUUGUAUGCGGUAUAAUCAUGCAGAGUAGGGUUGAAAUGAACAUAUCAUCAUAGUUUAUAGAAUGUCUUUCCUGGCAUUUUAAGUGUGAUUUUGGCUCAUUGUAUGUCAGUCCUCCUGUCGUGCAUCUUACCAAUCAGAUUGUCAACGGAAAACUUUGAAUGUUUAGCAUGCAACGUAACGGCGAUCAAUUUAAGCGCUAAAUAAAUCCAUCCAUCGAUUUACGUAUGGUUUCCAACCCGGUGCAGUCCUAUUUAACGUGUGGAGAACACCGAGCCAGAGAAAAGACGAUGUGCCUAUUGCGUUUCUUGAUUCUGACUGAACUAAACUUACAUAAAAAUUAACAAACUUAUAUACAGAAAUGAAUAUCUAAAAUUAACACGAAUCAUGCGAGAAAAACAAAAAAAAGAAGGCCAAGUCGAGAUGGUGGGUAGAUUGAAUAGCUUGACAAAGAUUAUGCGAACAUUAGGGAUUAUUGAAAGCGUGAAAUGAGGGUGACGUAGAGAAUGCCUGUGCAGCGAUGUGAGAAUGUGAUGGAAUGAAUGGGAAUGUUGGUACACGUCAACAUCGUUAAGCUAAAAUUUCGUCAUUACGAUCAUGUCAAAGAGACUUUGGAUCGCUUUGGAUAAGGUCAGGCGAAUUAUCGUGCGAUCUAAAGCCUGGGCCGAAGAUUUUUACCAGUAGUUUUAGUCUGCGUGCUGCGAGCUUAUAACAUCGUUUACACCGUGCCGGAUAAAUUUUAUCCGCAUCAAAAUUAGUUCAGAUAGGCGUCGCGUUUACACUAGACCCACGCUAUCCGAACAAAAUUAGUUCACCUAGGAAAGUGGAUUAAAUUAGUUCGGAUAGCUAUGUGGUACAGUGUAAAAGUUUUUAUCCGGAUAAAUUUUAUCCACAUCGUAUCUUGUUCGAAAGCGAUAGGCUAUUUCAUCCAAUUUAGUUUUCACUGUCUCCCAAUCAAGACCUUUCGCCAUCUUGGCUGCCUUGUUGUCGAUAAAUACUCGUGUUAAAAGUGCAGUAUCCUGCCAGUCCAUGUAAAAUUGGCAUCCUUGUCAGCUUUCCCUGCUUUCGUUGCUAGUUCAGUGUCAUUUUGUUUCAAGAACAAACUAUUGAAAGAAACUAGGCCUAAUUUAUAUUGACAAUAUCUUUGGACUUGGUCUAAAAGAGAAGCAGAUGAUUCUGAAGAAAGAAUGAAGUCUUUUUGCGUUUAUGGGAAUUGUUGUUAUUUUGUUGCCCAGAGAAGACUUCAUUUUGGGUGUUAUGUGCAUGAUUUAGGUCAUGUGACUGCAGUUAUCCGGCACAGUGUAAACGGGAGGGCAAUGUGGACAAAAUUUGUGCCGCACAGUGUAAACGCAAACUAAUGCGAACAAGUUUUAUGCGGAUAAAUUGUAUCCGCUACAGUGUAAAACGGGUCUCAAUGAGCUGUCCAUUUCGAUUCUAGGAUGUUUAAGUCUAUUUCUGCCUCCGAUAUCAAUGUUGAGGUACAGUUUCUGUAUCAUGUAACAACUUUCAUGUAUUGCAUACAUAACGAGAUUUGCUGUUUUGUAAUCAAAAUGCAGUCAGUUUUAAUUGUGGUUAUCUAUUUUAUCUAAAACAUAAGUUAGAUAUUUUUUGUGCUUUUUUUGAAUUCACGUUAUAACUGUUACUUCCAGACUAGCAGACGUGUAGACAGGCAGACAGACUCACUCGCUCAUUCACUCACUCAUUCACUCACUCACUCACUCACUGGCCGACUGACUGACAGACUCACUGAGUCACUCACUAACCCACUUAACCACUGACUGACCGUCUUACUCACUCACUCACUUGCUCACUCGCUCACUCACUGACUCACUGGCUGACUAACUGACAGACAGACUCACUGACUCACCCAUUAACCCACUUUCCCACUAACCCACUGACUGACCGUCUGACUCAC